AAGUUAGAAAAUAAAAGACGAACGAACCAAAGUGAAACUACAGGCUUGUGGAAGCUGGAGGAGGAGUCAGUGCCAUUACUAUCCCAUAAUAAGCAGUGUCCUUGUCUGAUCCCUCCACAGACACGGGGACAUGAGGACAUUUCUCACAAAGAAGCAUAAAAUAAGUAAAACUGUCCAGAAUGAAUGCUGACAGAUGCUUUGAAACCCUCCGUCCCCCAGUUCUGGUUAGAACUGGGUUUGCCCGCGGGUCAUCUGGGUGAGGCCACAGAACCUGCAAAGACUCUCAAAAGGUCUGGAAAACGACCGGUUCGGCUGGCUCCGGUGAAGUGGAGACGGUCAUACUGGGAAGUUUCGGUAAUGGAAACACACCAAUUAGUGCCUGGCUGUCCUAUAAAAGACACCCAUUCCUCCUUUUUGUGUGAGGAUGCCAGCUGGUCCUGUUCCCCUGCAGAUAGCUCAUCAGUACUUAAUACAAGUUGUUUAUUGUUUAUCUACGUUGGUGUUAGUUUGGGAUGUUCUGAUCAUACCAGCAACACCUGUGUGAACCCUGUGUGAUGCACUUGGGCUUCUUCCCCUUUUCCUUCAUGCUGUGCAGGACAGCAGCAACAAUGUAAAACAACAUGUCCGCCUAACUUUAACUCUGUCUGCGAGAGUGAUGUAAGCUUUGAGUCCUGCAAUGAAAAGCUCCAGCUCCUGGGGAAGCUGAUCACAGCUGGUUUAAUAAGAUGUGAAGAACAACAUCUGGGUGGAGUGAGGUGAGUUUCCAGGGAUCGCUGCAGAGAUAAACACCUCCCAGUCAGACGCAGCUACGCUCACCAACACCCGUCUGUAUGAGCGUCAGAAGGCUCGGCUAAUAACCGGACCAUAAGGAAGUUCAUGAUGCUGGAAGAGCAGCCUUUCUCUGUGGUGGAAGAAGAACCAAGUUUAUUCAUACAGCACGUGUCCCAGACUGAGGUCACACAAGGAGUUACAAUAAAACGCUGAACACUAAAGCUAGAACAUAAGACAAUGAGUAGAAAACAACAGGCUCCGCCCACUGCUCAAUCACCAAGUAACCCACUACAGGACAUAUAAUAAUAACAACUACAAUAAUAAUCAUUAUAAUAAUAUAAUAACAACAAUAAAUCUCCCAAAAUGCUCAUUUGUAAGGUUCCUUUGCUUUGUAGUGCUUUAGCCUGCUGAGAGCUUAAAAGUUAAAGGUUGUUACUGACAGCAGCUACAUCUAAGUGUUUAUUCAUUUUCCUUUUGACUGAAUAGUUGCUGAUUUGAUCUUGGAGACGUUUCUCCUCACAUCAGCUUCAGAUCUAAAGAAUGAGUUGUGAGUAGGUGUUGCGCUGACCUUAGAGGUGUGGCUGCCCCUCUCUAUUGUUCCUCAUCCUUUCCCUACACGCUGACUCCGUUGCGCGUUGCCAGCGCGUGACCGCAGAUGGAACCUGCGUGCGCUCCGGCGCGCGCCUCGCCAGGUGAGCAGAAUUGAGGCAAUUAAGAGCUCGUGCUCGGGGGAAAUGAAGUACAGCCAAAAUGUCUGCAACAAGCUUUUGCCCAGCGCGCGGCAGACUGAGAGGAGUGCAGAGCGAACACAAAUGGGUACACUGUGAGGAGGAAGACUUUGAUCUUGACGGGCUGUCGAUGUUCAACAGCUGGUGCUGGUUAAAGAAGAAGAUCCUGAAGAACAGAGUGCUGGUGUGGACCAGCAGGACCCAGAACACCUCCACAUAAAGGAGGAACAGGAGGAGCUCUGGACCAGUCUGGAGGGAGAGCAUCUCUGUUUGAAGGAGGAGACUGAAGCUGUCGGGUCUCCUGUUACUGCUGUUUCUAUAAAGAGUGAGGAUGAUGAAGAGAAACCUCUGGUCUCACAGCUUCAUCAGCAGCAAAUAGAAGACAGAGAUGUUCCAACCAGCAGCUCAGCUGACCAGAUGACCGCAGAAACUGGUGGAGGAGCAGGAACUAGCAGGAACCCAGAUCUGAACCCUCAUGAACAAACAUCUGAUUCUUCAGAGACUGAAGUUAGUGGAGAUGAAGAUGAUGAUGAUGAUGUGAAUCUGGACUCUGAGCUGUCAGACUCUGGGUCUGAAACUGGAGAUGAAGAUGAUGACUGGAAUGAGAGCAGGUCUUCUGAGUCAGAUGAUUCAAGGAAGAGAGAGGAGACGGAUGAGAAACCUCUGCACUUACAUUUCCACAACCAUCCAAUGAAAGAUGGAGGUGUCCCAACCAGCAGCUUGGCUGGGAAGAUGACAGCAAAAGUUGGUGGAGGAGCAGAAACUAUCAAGAACCUAGAUCUGGACCCUAAUGAAAAGACAUCCGAUUCUUCAGAGACUGAAGUUAGUGGAGAAGAUGAAGAUGAUGUGAAUCUAGACUCUGAGCGUUCAAACUCUGGGCCUGAAACUAGAAACGGAGACAAUGGCUGUAAUGAGAACAAGUCUUCGGAGUCAAAUAUUAAGACCGUCAACAAAUCAUUUAACUGCCCUGUGUGUGGUAUACGGUUCCUCCACAAGUGGUGUCUUCAGAAACAUGUGAGAGUGACAAGUCAUUCAGCAGUAAAGUCUUCAGAGUGUUCGGUUAAUACAAAAUGUGUGAAAGAGAAACAACAUGGAGUCUCAUGCAGAAAAGUCCAGAAACAACUGAAAUCAUUUAGUUGUGAUGACUGUGGGAAAAGAUUUAGCCUAAAGUCCAGUUUAACCAGUCAUAUGAAAGGCCACACUGGAGAAAAGCCUUUUGCCUGUAAGCUCUGUGGACACAGAUGUACCCAAAAGGCAAGUUUAAACAAACACAUGAGAGUCCACACAGGGGAGAAGCCUCUUGCCUGUGAGCUCUGUGGACAAAGAUUUAGCCAUAAACAUAAUUUAAGCAAACACAUGAAAGUCCACACAGGAGAGAAGCCUUUUGCCUGUGAGCUCUGUGGAUACAGAUGUACCCAAAAGGCAAGUUUAAACACACACAUGAGAGUCCACACAGGGGAGAAGCCUUUUGCCUGUGAGCUCUGUGGGAAUAGAUUUAGUGGCAAGGGAAGUUUAAACAUUCACAUGAGAGUCCACACAGGAGAGAAGCCCUUUCCUUGUGAGCUCUGUGGAACGAGAUUUAGCCGAAAGAUACAUUUAAACACACACAUGAGUGUCCACACAGGACAGAAGGCUUUUGCCUGUGAGCUCUGUGGAUACAGAUGUAGCCAGGAACCUCAUUUAAACAGACACAUGAGAGUCCACACAGGAGAGAAGCCUUUUGCUUGUGAGCUCUGUGGGAAUAGAUUUAGUGAAAAGGGAAGUUUAAACAAACACAUGAGUGUCCACACAGGACAGAAGCCUUUCGCCUGUGAGCUCUGUGGACAAAGAUUUAGCCGUGAACACAGUUUAAACACACACAUGAAAGUCCACACAGGAGAGAAGCCUUUUGCCUGUGAGCUCUGUGGACAAAGAUUUAGCCAUAAACAUCAUUUAAACAAACACAUGAGUGUCCACACAGGACAGAAGCCUUUCGCCUGUGAGCUCUGUGGGAAAAGAUUUAGCCAAAAGACAACUUUAAACAUUCACAUGAGAGUCCACACAGGAGAGAAGCCCUUUCCUUGUGAGCUCUGUGGAAGGAGAUUUAGUCAAAAGAUAAAUUUAAACACACACAUGAGAGUCCACACAGGACAGAAGCCUUUUGCCUGUGAGCUCUGUGGAUACAGAUGUAGCCAUAAACAUAGUUUAAACACACACAUGAAAGUCCACACAGGAGAGGUGCCUUUUGCCUGUGAUCUCUGUAGCGAUAUGAAGAUGCUGUUGUCUGCCCUUAACAGCUGCCCCUUCACACAGCAACAGUGUGCAUGAAUGAACAAGGUCAGGUGCUUGUUUCUAAAUGUUUACAUUCCAGGAAAGGAGACAGAAAAAGGAAGAAGAACGCUUUUCAUUAAUUAAUCAAAGAACUUUAUUGGUAAUAAAGCUAAUCAAAACAAAU